ACGCUUCAAUGGACUAGAGGAAAACUUGAAAUUGCUAAGAUUAUAAACUGGCCAGCCUCCGUUGAAGUGUUGACACGGCAUUGGAAUUUUAGAGUAUCCUUGGGACAUUUCCUAGUGAGACGUACACUUCUUUUAAUUAAAUCUAGCUAUCUGACAUGGCAUAAGAAUCUCACCUUAGAUUGAAGCUAGAUCUUUGUCUAACUCGAGAUAGCUGCGAGAGGGAAGCCCAACUCAACAUGGAUGAUAGAUGGCUGUUUGCUGUUCGACGCAAUUGACUCUUUCUCCCUCCGUAACUCCGACUCCAAGCACAAGCGAAAGUUUCCGUGACUGUUGCUGCUCUCCUCCGGGUGUAUAAAUAGCCGGCAACCGGGGGGGAUCGAUAGCUUUGGGCACGCUUGCUUACCUUCCGCUUCCCGUUUCCGGCACUAAAAACGAAACUUCCCACCCCAUAAACAAAACACCCCAAAAAUUCCCCAAAGCUUCACUCCCUCGUAUCAGAGCAAAGUAGUACGACUCCUCCAAAUUCCAGACGGCUCCAUUUCUGCCGCACCACCACUCGAACAUCGCCGAAUUGCCCACCGCAUGCCACUGCUCCAACUGCCGAUAGCACCACCACCACCACCCGAUACGGCGGCGAAGGAGUAAAAAGGAAAAAAAAAGGCAGGGGCGAUGAUCACGUGGCACGACCUGUACACGGUGCUGACAGCGGUGGUGCCGCUGUACGUGGCAAUGAUCCUGGCCUACGGGUCGGUGCGGUGGUGGGGGAUCUUCUCCCCCGACCAGUGCUCCGGCAUCAACCGCUUCGUCGCCAUCUUCGCCGUCCCCCUCCUCUCCUUUCACUUCAUCUCCACCAACGACCCCUACGCCAUGAACUUCCGCUUCAUCGCCGCCGACACCCUCCAGAAGCUCAUCGUCCUCGCCGCCCUCGCCGCCUGGGCCCGCCUCUCUUCCCGCGGCUCCCUCGACUGGGCCAUCACCGUCUUCUCCCUCGCCACCCUCCCCAACACCCUCGUCAUGGGAAUCCCCCUCCUCAUCGCCAUGUACGGCACCUACUCCGGCUCGCUCAUGGUCCAGAUCGUCGUUCUCCAGUGUAUCAUCUGGUACACCCUACUCCUCUUUCUCUUCGAGUACCGCGCCGCCCGCCUCCUCAUCGCCGACCAGUUCCCCGACACCGCCGCCUCCAUCGUCUCCUUCCGCGUCGACUCCGACGUCGUCUCCCUCGACGGCGGCCGCGACCUCCUCCAGGCCAACGCCGACGUCGGCGGCGACGGCAAGAUCCACGUCACCGUCCGCCGCUCCAACGCCUCCCGCCGCUCCGUCUCCAUGGCCAUGACGCCGCGCCCCUCCAACCUCACCGGAGCCGAGAUCUACUCCCUGAGCUCCUCCCGGAAUCCUACUCCGAGGGGUUCGAACUUUAACCACUCCGACUUCUUCGCCAUGGUCGGCGGCGCCCCGCCCCCCCUCCGCCCCUCCAACUUCGGCCCCGCCGACCUCUACUCCCUCCAAUCCUCCCACGGCCCCACCCCCCGCCCCUCUAACUUCGACGACGGCGGCGCCGCCGCCGGAUCGCCGCGCUUCGGGCAUUACCCCGCUCCCAACCCCGAAAUCUCCUCCGCCUCCGCCGCCGCGACAAAGAAAAACAACGCCACCAAUCCGACCCCACCGGCGGCCGCUGCUGCGACGCAGCAGCCGCAGAACGGGGCAGCGCAACACGACGCGAAGGAGCUCCACAUGUUCGUGUGGAGCUCGAGCGCGUCGCCGGUGUCGGAGGUCGGCGGUCUGCAUGUGUUCGGCGGCGCGGAGUUCGCCGCCCCGGACCUCGACGGCCGGCCGGACCACGGUGGCGCCAAGGAGAUCCGGAUGCUCGUCCCCACCGAUCUCCCCCAACACGGCGUAACCAAAGGAGCGGCGAUACCGGAGGUUGAGGAUUACGGAGGUGCAGCAGAGGAUAUGAGCUUCGGAGGAGGGAAGGGAUUAGAAGAUGUAGAGGAGAAAGACAAGGAAAACGGGCCGGAGGGGUUAUCGAAGCUGGGUUCGAGCUCGACGGCGGAUCUCGACCUGAAGGGCGGCGGCGGGCCGCUCGACAGCGGCAAGCACACCCACCACGUGAUGCCCCCGGCGAGCGUCAUGACCCGUCUGAUCCUCAUCAUGGUGUGGCGCAAGCUUAUCCGCAACCCCAACACCUACUCCAGCCUCAUCGGCCUCAUCUGGUCCCUCGUCGCCUUCCGGUGGCACAUAUCGAUGCCGAAAAUAAUAGAAAAGUCGAUCUCUAUACUAUCCGACGCCGGGCUGGGGAUGGCCAUGUUCAGCUUAGGGUUGUUCAUGGCGCUGCAGCCGAAGCUCAUCCCGUGCGGGAACUCGGCGGCGACGUUCGCGAUGGCCGUCCGGUUCCUCACCGGUCCGGCGGUCAUGGCCGCCGCCUCCAUCGCCGUCGGCCUCCGUGGCGUCCUCCUCCACGUGGCCAUCGUACAGGCGGCCCUUCCCCAAGGCAUCGUCCCCUUCGUGUUCGCGAAAGAGUAUGGCGUCCAUCCUGCCAUUCUAAGCACUGCAGUUAUUUUUGGAAUGCUGAUAGCUCUUCCGAUCACAUUGGUCUACUACAUUAUCCUGGGAUUAUGACUCCGUUUGAAACGAGGCGAAGGAAUCAUCAUAUUGCUGCGACGGAAAGUGGAAGGAAAUCCGUGAUGAUGGAUUGUUCGCCGGCGCAUGGUGGGUCCGACGACCGAGAAAUUCAGGAGGACGGCAUGAAGAAGGCGAAUUAUUUUGCAGCAAAAGAGAAGCUCGAAUUGUUCGUUCUGUAAAAAGGAAAAUAGAAGAGUUCAAUCUUCUCUUUCUUUUUAUUUUAAAAUAUUCGCCUUCUGCGAUCUCUUUCCCUUUUUUUUCUCUUUCUUAAGACUUCUUUACUUUUUCGCUCUAUUUCUAGUGUAGUGAAAAGGAGUCUUUCUCAAAAUGGGGAAAGGUCUUGUUUGGCAUCAAAGACGACAGCCGUCCUUUAUGAAAAUCACAAAAAAUACGGAAAAAUUCGUACUCUC